AGGGGUUUCCUUCUUUCACCUCUGGAUAAGUUCGUUGUGCCUGGUGCAGCUGAUAAGAGUGAUUUCGGGCCUAGUUUUGGUUGGGUGGCUGCAAGGUAUCAGGAAGGGCCGCCUUCCUCUGCAGGGCUGGCGCUAGAGGGGUAUUUUAAGCGUAGCCACCAGCUGGCUUCCAGCCCCUCUCCCUUGGCGCCCCCUUUAAGAGUUGCUGGAGGUGGCGGUCCUUCACCAUCAUCAUCAGCCUCUUGCAUCUUCUUCCUGGGUGAUGGGCAGAGCCCUGCACCCGCGAGCUCCAUCUCAGGGACUGUUAUGUCCGGGCUUGGGCCUGGUGCUUCUGCUGAAAUGAAUCAUAGAGCCCUCAAUAGUGCUGCAAACUCAUCUGGACCUAGUAUGGGGGCAAGCUCUCUUGUCACAGAUGCUAAUUCCUCUCUUUCAGGUGGGCCACAAUUGCAGAGAAGCUCCAGCAUAAACAAUGAGUCAUAUACGCAUCUUCCAGCAUCGCCUCUAUCCUUCUCUUCCAACAACAUCUCUUGUUCCUCUGUCAUGGAUGGUUCUUCUAUUGUUCAGCAAAGUCCCCAGCAGGAACAUUUGGCAAAGCAAGCUAAUUCCGGCAACAUAUCCCAGUCAAUAAUGCAUGAUGCUGGAAUGUUGCCUGCUGAGAAGAGACCACGGUUGGAGAUGAGGCAGGGAGAUGUUUAUCAGCAGCAAGUUAUCCAACAGAUGUUGCAGAGGCAACAGAGCCCUCAAAUUCAGGCCAUGCUACAUCAGCAGAGAUUAGCACAGGCUGCACAACAGCACCAGCAACAACAAAUUUUGCAGUCUCUGCCACAAUUGCAACGAAUUCAGGUUCACCAGCAAAACCAGCAGACAAGAUCAACUCCUGUACAGUUGGUGUCUCCAGCACGACGCCCUGACGGUGGUUUGUGUGCGCGGAGGCUUAUGCAGUAUAUGUACCACCAAAGUAAUCGACAUGCUGACAAUUCGAUUACUUACUGGAGAAAAUUUGUUGUGGAAUACUUUGCACCCAAAGCAAAGAAAAGAUGGUGUUUGUCAUUGUAUAAUGGUGUUGGCAAUCAUGCCUUGGGCACCUUUCCUCAAGCCUCUAUGGAUGCAUGGCAAUGUGGUAUAUGUGGUUCUAAAACUGGAAAAGGCUUUGAGGCCACUUAUGAAGUGCUUCCUAGGCUCAAUCAAAUCAAAUUUGAUCAUGGGGUUAUUGAUGAGCUUUUAUAUCUUGAGAUGCCUCGUGAAUUCCGGCUUCCAUCUGGAUUGAUGGUUUUGGAGUAUGAAAAAGCAGUUCAAGAGAGUGUUUAUGAGCAAAUACGUGUUGUGCGUGAAGGCCAACUACGAAUAAUUUUCACUCAUGAUUUGAAGAUCUUGUGUUGGGAGUUCUGUGCUCGUCGCCAUGAAGAACUUUUCCCUCGGAGAAUGAUGGCACAUCAAGUAAACCAGUUACUGCACGUUGCGCAAAAAUAUCAAGCUGCUAUAAAUGAAACUGGAACUUCUGGGCUUUCUGCUCAAGAUCUGCAGGCUAGCUGCAACAUGUUUGCGGCAGCAGGCCGGCAACUUGCAAGAAAUUUAGAACUUCAGUCACUAAAUGAUCUUGGCUUUUCCAAAAGAUAUGUUAGAUGUUUGCAGAUAUCCGAGGUUGUGAACAGCAUGAAAGACUUGAUUAAUUUCAGCCAAGCACACAAGAUGGGGCCCAUAGAUAGCCUGAAGAACUUUUCUCACGCUGCAUCUAAGCUCCAGGCCCAGAACAUGAACGAGGCAGAGCAAAUGGCUGCAGCUACUCAGAACCUCCCCAUUGAGCAGAGCAAGGAUAAACUCAUUGCUGGGCAACCUGGGCUCACCAGCCAUUUAGCAAAUACUCGCCCAACCACCCGCUUCUUGAACAAUGCUUCCCAGGUUGCUUUGCCAUUGAAUAGCUACCAAUAUUUGUCUAGAAACUCUGCAAAUCUAGACCAGAAUCAUCUGCGCUCCGAUGCCUCAUUUGCUGUCCUUACCCAAGCACAGUCUAUACCAUUUCAAGGCAAUGGUCCUUCAGGUACAGCAGGACAAAGCUUUCAGGGCUUGCCAAUUAAUAGCCAGCAACAACAAGCGUUGCCAGCAAAUCUUUCUCAGAUCAACAGAACCCAGACUCCAUCCCAAGCAAAUCAACAUUUACAGCAACAUGUGAUUCAGCAGCUUCUGCAAGAAAUGAUGAACAAAGGAACUCCACAGCCAUCCAUAAAUGCACCUGUUGUAAACGGUAAUGUCGCAGCUGACGUGCUUGGUUGUUCCGGUUCUGUCGCAGCAAACAAGAGCACGGGAUCAGGUAGGAUUGGAUCAGAAAUUAGCACUGGUCAAACAUCCAGUGAUGUCAAGGGAGCGAUUCCCACUACAAGCGACACUUCUAAGCCUCCUUCCAAGAGUAAUAACUGCUGCAUCAGUAACAGUAACUAUAAUGCAAAACUGGAUGCACUGGAAAACAUGAAUCUUGGUGAUUUGGAACCUGACAUAUUAAGAGAGUUCUCUAAAGGUGGGUUUCCGUGGUGAGCUUGUCCUUAUGGUCUAUAGAUAAUUUACUUAUUGAGAAAGAUUCUGAGAUGUUGGCUUAUUAUACUUGUGAGCUUGCCCUUAAAUGUAUUCUUAGCUUUUGCAUAAACGCUGGUCAGUAAAUGUGCAUCUUUGAUUUAUUAUAUGUAGUGUUUGUGCUGUAAUUUGAGGUUGGAUGUUUGUCUCCUAAUUGAACUUAUGAAAUGAAAUAUGUUGGGUAUAGAGUGGCA